AUCGAUCUGACUAAUCGGUCAUGCAAGCAGUACUAAAUCUGCGUAGCACCGAAUAACAUUUAAUUGGAAUUGUUACAGGUUAUUUGAGGAAUCGAAAAAAAAAUCUAGCGACGAAAAUGAGCAGCCAGGCAAAUAAAGAGACCUCGUCGUCCCCGAAUUCCACUAAUGAAGACAUUAUCGACUACAGCGGCAGCCUCGUCGCGGACAUGGCCAGCCUCUGCAUGAACCAGCCCUACUCGGACGUGGAGUUCCUGGUGGAGGAUAAGCGGCUGCCGGGCCAUCGCAACAUUCUGGCGAUGCGUUGUGAGUACUUCCGCGCUUUGCUCUACGGCGGUUUGGCCGAGUCGAACCAACGGGAAGUUCCGCUUGAGGUGCCGCUUGAAGCCUUCAAGUUAAUCCUGGGAUAUCUCUACUCGGGGAAGAUGCAUCUGUCCACACUGGACGUGGACACCAUUAUCGAUGUGCUCGAUUUGGCCCAUCUUUACGGGUUGCAGGCCGUCGAGACGGGCGUAGACAAAUACCUGCAGCAGAAUCUUUCUGUCAGUAAUGUGUGCACGAUCCUGGAUGUCGCACGCCGCAACAAUCUCAACCAACGGGCUGAAGAAUGCCUUAAUUUCAUCGACUACAAUAGCUCCGAUAUAGUAAAACACGAUUCCUUCAAAAAGCUGUCCAAGGAAUUAAUUGAGGAACUCCUGCGACGGGACAAGUUUGCGGCCCUCGAAAUUGAUAUCUUUCGAGCUGUAUGCAAAUGGAGGGACAACCAUCCGAGCGAGGACUUCAAGACGUUGGCUGCGCUCGUACGUCUACCGCUUUUGACUGUCCAACAGCUGGUGCAAGAGGUACGCCCCUCUGGCUUAUUCGAGCCGGACCAAAUAUUCAACGCCAUUGGUCAAGUGGAUACCGGAGAGAAUCUGCCCUACCGUGUCGUCGUGUUGCCGGGGAAGAAUGUGGCAUCAGGAAGACGCCUUCGCUUCGUUCACAGGAUGGCCAGAACACCACAGAUACACUCCCCGACACUUGAAUACGACAUACUUAAAUGUACACUUUAGGCACAAGCCAAAGAAAACGGUGAAUUUGAAUUUUCCUCAAAUCCCUAUUCAAUUUAGCAUAAAUUAAAAAAAAAAUAAUAGUAAUAUUCAUCAAAGUAGAUUGAGGAAAAACAUUUAAUUGACAUAACUCAAAUUUCCGUUCUCAAAAAAUGCGACACUUGAAUACGACAUUCAUAUUGGAAAAUUUUUUAUUUUGGAUGUGGUCGCGACCGGACAUUGAAUAAAUUCUCAAAAAUCAAUUAAAGUGUCCUUAUUACGAGAAACAAAUUUGGGUUGUGGUAAGUCCUUUUCAAAGGACGAAAACUCGACAAUAAAUGCCUCGAAGGAAGUAGGUCCAUCGAUAAUGAAAAUAAGUGAUAAAAUUGUUAAAACUAGGUGUGUUCUGAGUG